AUGUCAAAGCGGCAGCUGACUCUUCAGCCGUGUUGCCACACAGCCAAGCGGCGGCGGCCGCCGCCGUCGCAGCUGCAGCAGUUGCGACAGCAUGUCUAUCUCGUGGUGGAUGACUGGGAAAGUGGAUACAGCGUCCGCAAGAUAGACAUCGACGCCAUGUACUCUGACGCCGGCGCCGACCUGGAUGACGAUGACGAAGCGGAGCCCCUACCAGAUCCCCCUGUCGUGCGCUUCUACGGCCGCCACUGCCGCCUGUCGCACUUUGGCGCGUACGGCACGAGCAUACUCGCCAUGCCAGUCCACUGUGAUGCCACAGGCGCCUUCCCCAUAUUCGACACAAAAACGCUGGGGCUCACACUCUGCCCCCAUCCUGGCGGCAGUAGUCUACCAUCCAAGCCCUUGUUUGCAUCUGUCGCUGGCGAGCUUUACUUGACAGUGGGAUCCUCCACGAUUGUGCUCGAUGCCCUGCAACCCCCCGGAAAUGAUGAAGACAAACAGUGGUCUUGGAUUAGAAGCCCAAAGAUCUUAGUUCCGUUCAACUCCGGUGAUGUCGUGUCCUUUGCAGUGCAUCCCAACGACCGUUUGCUUUUCGUCUCCCAAGCAGCCAGAACCUUCUGCCUGGACACCAAGUGCUCCACCUGGAUGACCCUAGGCAACUGGGUCAUGCCUUUCAAAGGUCAGGCCUACUUUGAUGACGAGCUUGAUGCCUGGAUAGGACUAUGCUGCCACAAAGGCGGCGGCGGCUACGUCUGCUCCUGCGACGCCCCGCCCCUGGCUGAUUACGCUACAAUGUCAAUCAUGCCGGCUUGGAAGCUCGGCAAGGACCAGCUCUUCAAUGCAGAUGAUGACAGGCACCUAGGAGCCACCCUUCUCUACCUGGGCGGCAUCAGCGACUACUGCCUGAUCGAGUCUCGCCUGCACAAGGACCAGCAGCCUUUUCGACCCCCUGAUGGGCCGCGCUGCUGUGUGCUGCGCGUCACCAAGUUUGGUCUCAAGUAUGAUAAAAAUGGAGAGCUCAGGACGACACGGCAAACGGCGUGCUCCUACCAGAUGACUGAAGGACAUGAAUUUAAUGAGAUAUGCUCCACUCCUGUGGCAUUCUGGAUGUAG